AUGGAUAUCGGCAACCUGCCUGAGAAGCUGCAAGAAGCAGCCGAUGGGCCCUCGGAGAGCGAGUCUCCGGCUGGAGGGGAGGUGCGACGUUCCUUCUCGGAUCCCCGAAGCCAACGGAGCAGGACGCUGACCUCGACGAUCUCCCCGCGACUCCCCGGGGUCCCGGUCCGCUAUGGCGUCCACUCCAUCCAGAAUCAGCGCAGCGAGAUGGAGGAUGCUCAUCGGGCCGUCUUAGGCGCAGCCUGCUGCAGCCCCUCCCUUCGAGCUCAGGCAGAGAGGUGGCUUGGGAAUCUCAGCUACUUCUCCGUCUUCGAUGGGCACGGCGGUUCGCGAGCUGCCGAGUUCUCCAGUGACCGUCUCUUCAGCCUCCUCGUGGAAAAUCGCGAUGAGCUGCAUGCGGAGCCGGAGCUCGCCCUGCAGAAGGCCUUCGCGCAGACGGAGGCCGACUGGUUGACGUUGGCCAGAGAAGAGGACCUCAUGGACGGUACCACGGCGGCAGUGGUGGUCGUCGACCGCAUGGCCGGCCGGUGCAUCGUUGGCAAUGUGGGUGACAGCGAGGUGAUGCUGGGAGGGCGCAGCCCCGAUGGCAGCAUCUAUGCCCAGGCUCUCACCGAGGUCCACCACUGCAAGAGGAGCCACUCUGAGUCGCAGCGCAUCCAGGAUCUUGGUGGUCGCGUCUGGCACGGCCGGCUAGGCCAUCCCAAAAUCAGUCCGCAGGUGCUGUCUUUGUCGGUGUCGCGGGCGAUCGGAGAUCUUUUCUUCAAAGAUGACAAGUUCACCGGUGGCAUGGCCUCGGGCCUCACGGCCGACCCGUACAUCCGCUCAGCAGAGGUUUGCCAAGGCCGACUGCAACACGAGUUUCUGCUCAUCGGCUGCGAUGGCUUGUGGGAUACGGUGUCAUAUGAGCAGGCCGCAGCGCUGGUCCUGGACAAGCUCGGAGAAGGGGAGGAGCCCCAGGCCAUCAGCGAGGCGCUGGUUCGAGUCGCGCAUGACGCGGGAUCGAUGGACAACAUCACGGUGAUGGUCGUCGCGUUCUGA